GAGAGUGAGCGAGAGGAGGGGUGGAACGAGAGAGAGAGAGAGAGAUAGAGAGAGAGUGAGAGAGGGAGAGGGAGACAAGAAGCACCAGAUGAUACCCACAAGCGUCACGAACUCACCGCCAGCCGCUGGCUUGGCCCAAAAUGGAGCAGCUGCUGUUGUUGUUGUUGUUGGUGGUGGCAGUUCUGCUGCAGCAGCAGCAGCAGCAGCAUCAACAGCAGCAGUGGCAGCACAGCAGCAGAGCAAUUACAAUUCAAUUGUGCUGGGCUUGGCCUCCCUAAUCCUCGAGGGCAGACCCAUUGCCGACGAUGAGUAUCCGCUGCAGUUGCAGUUGCACGCACAACACCAGCUGCAGCAGCAGCAGCAACAGCUGCCUCAGCUGCAGCAGCAGCAACAGUUGGCAUCAAGUUCGAGCAGCGGUCGCCAUUCGCCACGCCCCUCAACAUCGCGGGCAGCCAUCAACAUUACAACGAAUCCCUAUGCCUUGACCAGCCCCACCCUACGCUCUGUCUACGGACACGCCUAUGCACACGCCCCCGCCCACAGCCACGGCCAUGGCCAAGCAUAUCACUCGCAAGGCUAUGGAUACGAUUAUAGACAAGGUGGCACCAGCGGCAGUAGCAGCAGCAGCAGCACAAGUGCCACACAUCAGCGUUGGACGCAGAAGCUCUGCCAGCUGCGUCAGUUGUCGCCAGCGGCACAGAGCAUGACCGUUGAGCCCGAACUGGUCUCCCUGGCCAUCAAUGAGCUCAAUACGGAACGCGGCGACUUUGAGAUUGUGCGACGCGUCAUGUUCAACAAUCAUCUAACAGCAACAGCAGCAGCAGGAGGAGGAGGAGGUGGCUCAACUGGAAUUGAAAGUGGUGGCGCAACAGGAUCAUCGUCGGGUGCACAGCUAUUGGCGGUUGCCAGCAGUUCCAAUUCGAGUGCGGCCAGUUCACCAGGCGGCUCUGUGUCCAGCUCGGAUAACAUUCUGCACUCGCUGCAAUCGCUGGCCACCACCUGUUUGCGUGGUGGUGGUGGUGGACCCAACACUGCCAGCAGCAGCGAGGCGAGACCACUCAGCCUGGACAUUGCAGCAGCAGCAGCGGCAGCAACAACAGUCAGUCAGACGGCAAGUCGCCUCUCGGAUUACAAUUGCAGUCGGACAACGUUGGGCGCCAGAGGAGGAGUGGGAGAGGGAGUCGCAGUAGGAUUAGCUAUGAGUGGAGGAGGAGGAGUCUAUAGUGGAGGAGUCGGAGUAGGAGUAGGUGGGGGAGCAGCCACAUCAACAGCCACUGCCAGCAACAAUAUUGCAACUGGAACUGGAAAUGGGAACGGCAAUGCAACCGCAACCGCAACCAAUUCCAGUUGCAACACACGGCCCAAACAUGGGCCACACUGUGAUCAGUUCCUCAGGAAGAUGGGGCUUGCCAAGGGCGAGUCUGCCGACGCUGAGGAGCAUUUCUGUGAUAUGUCUUACGUAAAUAUAACCUGUUCCCGCUGGCGUGCCCAUUGCAUGAAAAUGGAGGCGAUCUUGGCGCGCAGGGAGCCCGUCUGCAUCGAGGUGUUCCUGGGCCCCGCUGGCCAUAAGAUUCUGCUCGAGCAAUGGAUCAUUAGCGGCAAGGAGAAAGUGCCACCACCGACGAUGACGCUGCCAUCGCUGUGCAGCGCGAUACGGAGCCAGCUUUACUUUUCGCAGAUCGUUGCGUGGUGCGAUCUGUUGCGCAAAUGCGAUCCCUCUGUCUACGAUAGCGGGCGUGUGAUCUUUGCCAACGGCAGCAGCACCACAGCCGGCGAUUUGGCUGGACACAGCGGCGGCAGCAACAGCAACAGCACGAUGACCAGUUCGGCGGCGGCUGCUGCUGCUGCUACGGCUGCCAGUGCGCGACGACCACGUUUGAACAUCUUCUAUAGGAUUAGGCCAUACGAUCCCACCAAUUCGACGAAUGGGAAUCACACUGAUGGAGGAUUCAGCGCCAAGGCGACUGUACACAAUUUUCCGCACGUGAACAUUGCGGAAAACUUUAGCGUUGCGGUCUGUGUGAAGAGUCUGCCACGCUUCAAUGGUGGCCUGCCGCACAUUGCUCCACCAACAGGUCGACGAGCACCACCGCCACCACCACCAGCGUCAGCAACGUCGUCCAGGAAGUCGCGGCCAGCAGCAAGUACGCCCACCGGGGGUGGGGGUAUGUGUGCGGCCACGCCCACCGGUCUGGGGGCACGCAUUGCACUGUUGAGCACAACGCCGCCCGGAACAAGUAGUAGUAGUAGCUGUGAUAAAUACGACAGAAGGAGAAGGAACGAAGAGGAGCUGCAGCUGCAGCUGCAGCUGGAGCAGGACCUGGAUGCCGACACAGGUGGGCCGACGGACGAGCUGGGCAUCGGGCAUCGAGAGCGACAGCUGCAAAAGUAUCGCAAGCGAAUGCAGCGUCGCGACAAGAAGCGUGAACGCAAACCCUCCGAUGAUCCGCUCGAGGAGCAAAUGGAUGCCGCCAUGGACGAGGGCAACGAUGAGGAUGCCGCCGCCGCCAAGCAACUCCCGUCGCCGACAGCAGCCGCAGCCACAGCAGCAGCAGUGCUAAUCCCAACACUGAUGUCGCCACCACGUCGCAUUGCGAUGAUAUCAACGGGCACCCAAACAUCGCUGAGCAGCUGCCAGAAAUGUGGCUGCGAGAAGACGCUGCUCUGUCUCAAUUGCACAGCGGAUGAGGAUGAGGAUGCCGAUGCGGAUGCGGAUGGGAAUGGAGAUGAUACGAGUGCCUCCGAAAUGGAGGAGACAUCGAUCAGCAGCAGCAGCUGCAGUCUGAGCAGCUCCGAUCUCAUUGUGGGCACACCGCGCAACAAGGCCGAGCUGCUCCUGCAGGCCAUACAGCGCACGCCAAAGAAUCGAAAGCCCAACCCAAAAGCAGCAGCACAUAAUGAUCUCAAAGCUGGCGGAUUGCUGCAGACGCCGCCAACACCAACGCCAAGUCAACAACACCAGCAGCAGCAACAGCAGCAGAGUCCCAAGCCGGCGGCGCCAACCAGCGGCUGUCAGAUGUGCAAACGCCAGAAGACCCAACACACAUUUGCCAGUGGCAAGAAGAGUGGAGGAGCAGUUGCAGCAGCUGCAGCAGUUGUAGCAGUUAAAGCAGUUGCCAGACAAGAGUCCAGUUCCACAACGAAUGGCACAAAUGGACACAGCAACAGCGCAGCAACUGACAAUGGCGAUGCUGGCGAUGACAACAGCAUGGAUCAGGAGGUGGAACAGACCGCCUCGACCAAGCUGACGCCAAACAUCGAUCGUUGCACAUUGAAUGCGGACCGGGAACGUUGUCAGACGCCGCCGGAUGUUGGCGCUUGUGCCAUGGAUGACGAGCGCAUUGUGGUUCAGUUCAAGACGCCCAUCAGUCAUGUGCCGCUCAAGCAGCAGGAUUACCAGCAGCAGCAGCAUCAGUCGCAUUCGCAGCAGCAGCAAUCACAACAUCAGCAACAACAACAAGUUGGACAACAGUUGUGCAAGGCAUCAAGUCAGCUGCGUUUGAAUUGCAAUGGGAUUAUGCUGGACAGGGAGACACCGUCGCCAAUGCUGUCGCCGCUGAUGCGCAAAGCGUUGCCCAAGGUCAAUCUGAACACGAUCUUCUGCAGCAGCAGCAGCGGUGGCAGCAGUGGCAACAGUCCCUCCACCUCAUCCUCGUCGGCACCGAUCAGCAUUGACAGCGGACUGGCGUUUAGUUUUGAGCAGCCCACGCUGAGCUAUGGCCACACGCAGUCGCAGUCGCAAUCGCUAUUGACGCCACCGGACUGCCAUCAAUCGUCCAGCAAUCUGCAUGUGCAGAAAUCGUAUUCGGCACCGACGCUGCCCAAUGCAUUGUCGGUGUCGCCACGCUUUGCCAAACAGGCGGCAUUCUACAAGCGUCGCUCGCGUCAUCUCAGCGAUCGUUCGGAUCGCAGCUCCCUCGGCUCCGAUGAGCAGCUCUCCGACGAGGAUCUCGAGUCGGGCAUGUGCAGUCCGGCGGGAUCGCCGCUCAAAACGCGUGCGCGUCUCGCCACACAAUUUGGCGGCCGACCCCUGCUCGGCAAUCUGGAGGAGUCGCUGCUGCAGAAGCGUCUGCUGCCCAAAAUUGAAGUCGCCGGCUUCCGUCUGCAACUGGGCGCCUCUGGCGUCUUUUGUCCCAAACAACGCACCAUUUCGGCUUCCUCCUAUUUCUAUGAGCUGCACGGCGAGACACUGAGCACACCCUACCUGUGCGAGAUUCGUUUGCCACGCAAGGGUUACUCUGUGCCGCUGAUGGGCACGGUGCAGGCGACGCUCCUCAAUCCGAUGGGGACGGUGGUGCGCAUGUUUGUCAUUCCCUACGAUAUGCGCGACAUGCCCAAUCUGCAUCGCACCUUCAUCCGGCAGCGCAUCCUUGCCGACGAGCUGCCCUGCAACAGUGUCAUCAUUAUGCAGCCGCAGCAGCAGCAGCCGGUGCGGGAGCGGGAACGUGAGCCGGGCAGUCCCACAGCGAUGAGCACCACCAGCAAGUUGGGCCACUUUAUCAGUGCCGAGCAAAUGAAGCGACUGCGCUACUCCAUACACCUGAGAUUCCAGACAUCUCGAUCGGGUCGGCUGUCGCUGCAUACGGAUAUACGGCUGUUGAUCUCGAGGCGGACGGACUGCGAUACGGCGGCGGCGCAUGCCAAGGGAUUGGUGGAGGCGCCAAAUGAGCUGGUGACGGAUACGCUGAUGCCAACGGAGCCGCGCUACAGUGCGCGACAGGAGAGUCCCGGCAAGAUUUAGUAGCUGCUAAACG